GGAAAAUGGAUUUUGUGAGCUGGCUUGUCUGUCAGGAGAGAAUUCAGCACACUUGGUUGUUCCCGUCAGAUGCCCACAAUAAAUCUAUUUGCCUUUAUAUUUAUUUGCCUGGAAUACUGUCAAGCAAUUCCAGCGCGUGAUGCUUUUCCUAUUUCAGGGCUCAGAUAUCUUUUCUGUUAGAUGCAUAUAUCCAUUCCUCCUGCUGCAGAAUCAGUCUUUGGCAAGAAAAGUGAAGUUGUUUCAUCCCUGAAUAUUUUGACAGACUCAAUCUGGUGAGGACCAAGCAAUAGUUAAAACAGAUGCUUUUGAGUAAGCGUGUUUUACUCAGCACGUGGAGAGCCAGGAGAAUUCCUCCCCCACUCCACAGCCACGGCCACCCUGCCUCUUGCCUUUCCUCCUCCUGCACUCUCACACAUUCCCCCAGAGGCAAGGGUGCGGGUGCCUGGAAAUGUGAAAGUCACCUGAUAGGAUGCUCCCGCUCCCAUCUCUCCGCACAGCAUAAGCUCUUCUCUUCUGGUGACUGUGGAAGCAACUCUGCCAGGCUUUGCUCUGCUUAGCAGGCUGCAGAGUUUGCUGCAAAUGCAAAACUGAAGUCCAUCUUUGUACCUCUUUUACCAAGGGGCUCCAGUGUCUUCUUGCUUUCAGUUCCUGGCUUACCUCAAACCUCUCUUCUCAAAAGGUCUGUUCUGCUUCUGGAGAUGCAUCCCAAGAGGCGGCUAUGUUGGUGUCUCCCUGCUUUUGGUGCGUGGGCAUUCAUGCUCACAUUCUUAAUUACAGACACCACAGCCUGCGAGUCAGAGGAACGGCUAUUUCACAAACUCUUCUCCCACUACAACCAGUUCAUCAGGCCGGUGGAAAAUGUAUCUGAUCCUGUCACAGUGCAUUUUGAAUUGGCCAUUACCCAGCUUACAAAUGUGGAUGAAGUCAAUCAGAUUAUGGAAACCAAUUUGUGGCUAAGACACAUUUGGAAUGACUACAAAUUGCGAUGGGAUCCCAGAGAAUAUGAUGGAAUUGAAUUUGUUCGGGUACCAGCAGAUAAAAUCUGGAAACCAGAUAUUGUCCUAUACAAUAAUGCUGUGGGAGAUUUUCAGGUUGAAGGCAAGACCAAAGCCCUUCUUCGCUACGAUGGAAUGAUCACCUGGACUCCCCCAGCUAUAUUUAAAAGCUCCUGUCCCAUGGAUAUUACUUUUUUCCCAUUUGAUCAUCAGAACUGUUCCUUGAAAUUUGGCUCAUGGACUUACGACAAAGCCAAAAUUGAUCUUCUGAUCAUUGGCUCCAAAGUAGAUAUGAAUGAAUUUUGGGAAAAUAGCGAGUGGGAAAUAGUUGAUGCUUCUGGCUACAAACAUGACAUCAAAUAUAACUGCUGUGAAGAGAUCUACACAGAUAUAACAUAUUCAUUUUAUAUUCGAAGGUUACCAAUGUUCUACACCAUAAAUUUGAUUAUUCCCUGCCUCUUCAUCUCAUUCCUGACUGUGCUAGUUUUUUACCUGCCAUCUGACUGUGGUGAGAAGGUGACUCUUUGCAUCUCUGUGCUGCUUUCUUUGACUGUAUUUUUACUAGUGAUCACAGAAACAAUUCCAUCUACCUCUUUAGUAAUACCUCUUGUGGGUGAAUAUUUGCUCUUCACAAUGAUAUUUGUGACUCUCUCCAUCGUCAUCACUGUGUUUGUCCUAAAUAUACAUUACAGAACUCCAACUACACACACAAUGCCCAAAUGGGUAAAAACUGUCUUUCUUAGCCUGCUCCCCAAGGUUCUGUUGAUGCAGCGGCCUCUAGAACAGGAGAAAAAAAACAUCUCCAAAGAGAGCAAGAAAGGAUCAGCCAAAACUUCAGGCAAAGCAAAGCACAGCAAACACAAAGAUAACAAAUUACAUAAGGAGCACCGGUGUUGUUACUGUGAUAAAGCAGCCGAACUCACCUCAAUCAAAAGAAGUCGACUGAGUCAUCAGUCAUUGAAAUGGAUGGCAGAGCACACAGAGUACUCCCCAGAAGUGAAAGAUGUCAUCAACAAUGUUCAGUUCAUUGCAGAGAACAUGAAGUCUCAAAAUGAAACCAAAGAGGUGGAAGAUGAUUGGAAAUACGUAGCUAUGGUGAUUGACAGAGUAUUUCUCUGGGUGUUUAUAAUCCUUUGUGUGUUUGGGACUGCUGGAUUAUUUGUCCAGCCACUAAUAGCAGAUACAUAACUUGAGUCACUGCUUUUUUUCCACGUAUGUUUGUAUUCCAUUUUCAGUUUGGAACUGUCCCCUGUGUUUCUUUCCUCUUACACCGUCCCUCAGCAUCUAGCCUCAGUGGGAAGGUGAGAAGGGAAGCAAGCAAUAAUCCAAGGCAGAAUGAGAAAGGUACUGAAAAUGUGAAAUGAAAUUUUGGUCUUUCUAAGGCAGAGAGGCUGAGAUUUAUAGAGUACCUGUCUGUCUUCUCAAUUAGAUCUUCAGUAGCAAUUGCACCAAGAAUCACUGUAGCGGGCAGAAAUUAUUGAGUUUCUUCCAUGGUUUCAGUUCAGGGGGCCAUUGUGAGUGAUUUGUGCUAAGAGAACAAAAGUCGUACUUUUCUUUCCUCAUCACAACUCUUAUAUUUCCUCUUUCACCCCUUGUACAAUGUUAGACUUCAGCAUGGUGCUUAGUUGAGGUACCACAGUCCUACCUGUCUGGAUCAAUACUCUUUACUGUGCUUUUGGGACAAGGCAGGCAAAAAUCCAAAUAAAAGUACAAUCAAACCAAUCCCUUGACUCUGUAAUGUUUAUACAAUCCCCAUCUUCUACAACACAUGUACACAAAUGAGGAUCUGAGAUCAGCAGCACAUGUAUUUAGUUUUAUGCUUGAAGCCCAAUCAGUCUUAAGCUAUCGGUCUUCCCACUAAUGACAAACCUGCUUCAUACAUUGCAGUGCACAGUCUUGCUAACAUUG